AUGGCUAUCACCGAGCUCCUCUUUCCAGCACUCAAGAAUGAUAAAGCUUCGAUCAAGGCGAUCGAGCAAAUCGCCCCAAUCUUCCGCAAGAAAUUGACGCAUCCUAAUCCUGGAUUUCUCAAUGCGUUUCGCGGCUUUGUUGUCAACGACAAUGGGAAUGACGUGACGAAAGACUCCAGGGAAAUAGUCAUCUUCGAAUGGGACAAGAUGGAUUCUUUCCAUAAUUUCCUUAAAUCAGAACAACUCAAGGAUGCUGUCGCUUCCAUAAAGCAUCUAAUGAGUGGGCCGGCAACCCUACAACUCUUCGACACAAACGCUAGUCCCAGAGAUGCAGCUUCAUCGCCUAUUGUUGAGAUUAUUCGGACGAGCCUGUCAAACUCCCAAAAUAUUGAUGUUUCCUUAAAAACAUGGGAGAAGCUAUCUGGGCACCUUUCUGGGAAUGCCAGACGUCAAGCUUCCGUUGCAUACGGGAAAAGCUCGAACCUUGAGAAUGAUGUGGUCGCCGGAAUUAUUGGAUGGCAGGGCUCGAAGGAGUACUCGGAAGGCUCUCAAGAAAAGGGUUUCCUGGACGCGCUGGAUGCUCUGAAGUCUGUGGGAGAGGUAUCCCGAAUCACGGUCGAGCUUGAUGUACUGCAACUGGCUCCUCUCUAG